AUGGCGAUGGCGGUGGAAAUCAGGCGUAUGACCGAAGAAGACAUCCCCGGCGCCAUCGAGUGUGUCCAGACGGGUUUCGCCGACGACCCGUAUUUCCGCUGGGUGUUUGAUUCAUCAAAGUUUUCGAAAGAAAGAAAUGCUUCGUCUCUAACGAAUCGAUGUCUAUGGGGGAUUCAAAAUGCUCUUUUCUACGUAGCGAGAGAAGUCCCCUCGUCGUCCUGCGGCAUGCCUGACCAGAAGGAGCCUGAACCCGAUGAACGAACAGGCCUGCUACGGAAUGCCUCGUCCUCUUCCCCUGCUCGUGUCGUCGGCAUUGCCAUGUGGCUGCUCCCUCAUCCUCGGUCAAAGCCGGACAGCUGGUUCACGUACUUUCAAGAAUGGCUGCUGAGUUUCCGUCAGCUCCUGACCAACAUCCGCUACAUGGGCCACGGCGGUCUCCUCGUGAAUCGCUACAAGAUCUGGAAGGCCGCGCAGGCACAGGUCCAGGACGAGCUCUGGACGGACAGGCGAGGUUAUUAUUUCUGUAACGUGGUUGCGGUCAGGCCAGAGAUGCACGGUAAGGGUAUCGGAAGACAGUUAGUUGACGUUGUGGCCCGUCGAGCAGACGAAGAGGGCAUGAAAUGCUACCUGGAGAGUUCAAAGCAGGUCCCCAACAUCCAGAUUUACGAGAGGUUCGGGUUUAAGCUGGUCAGGGAUCUGGUUUGUGAUGACAACGGGGAGUCGUGUAAGGUGUGUUUCCCGUCCCCUGUGUUGUUGAUUCAAGCUGAUCGAGUAUCUAGCUGUAUUGCAUGGUCAGAGAGCCGAAGCUUCCAUGCUGAGGAGGAAUAG